GAGGUGGGGGCAGUUGCCAAGGCCACACAGCCAGUACACUGCAGCUCAGUCCAGCUCUGAACCUGGCACUGAAUGCAGUGAACAAGCAAGGUUAGAUUCCCUGCUCUUCUGAAGCUGAUGUGUCUGUCAUGAUGUGUCAGACGACAAAGAGAAAAAUCGAUAGAAAAGAAAACUCCAUUGCUCAAAAGCUCAGCUGACGGGAAGGAGGGUGUAUAGCUGCGAGUUCGAGAGCUCCUGGACCCCAAAGACAGGUGGGCCCCGGGCCCCAGCACCCUGCGCGCCGGGUCUCUCUAGGCCAGACCAUGGGAACCCAAAAGCCGCGGAUCCUGCCCUGGCUGGUAUCGCAGCUCGACGGGGGACAGCUGGAGGGCGUGGCCUGGCUGGACCAGAGCCGCAAGCGCUUCCGCAUCCCCUGGAAGCACGGCUUGCGGCAGGACGCCCAACAAGAGGACUUCGGCAUCUUCCAGGCCUGGGCCGAGGCCAGUGGUGCCUACACUCCAGGGAAGGAUAAGCCUGACCUGCCCACCUGGAAGAGGAAUUUCAGAUCUGCCCUGAACCGGAAGGAAGUGUUGCGUUUAGCUGAGGACCGGAGCAAGGACCCUCACGACCCACACAAGAUCUAUGAGUUUGUAACCUCAGGAGUUGAGGACUUUCCUGAGCCGGACACCUCUCCAGACACCGAUGGCAGAUGCAGUAUCUCUGACCCCCAGGAAGAUAUUCUGGAGGAGUUACUGAAUGACAUGGCCUUGGUCCCAACCCCACGUGAGGGGUGCUUGAGCCUGGCUGGGACCCCUGAACACCUCCCUCAACUCUCGCUGAGCCCCAACUUAGACAUCCCUGCUCCCUACCCAAACUCGGAACCCCCUGAAAACCCACUCAAGCAGCUGUUGGUGCCCAAGGAAGAGUGGGAAUUUGAGGUGACCGCCUUCUACCGGGGCCGCCAAGUCUUCCAGCAGACUGUCUUCUGCCCGAAGGGCCUGCGGUUGGUGGGGUCGGAAGCAGGGGAUAGGACGCUGCCUGGGCAGCCAAUACCGCUGCCAGACCCCGGGGUGUUCCUGACCGACGGGGGCGUGGUGGGCUACGUGAGGCGUGUGCUGAGCAGCCUGGGCGGGGGGCUCGCUCUGUGGAGGGCAGGACAGUGGCUCUGGGCCCAGAGACUGGGGCACUGCCAUACUUACUGGGCCAUGGGCGAGGAGCUCCUCCCUGACAGUGGUCACCGACAUGAUGGUGAGGUCCCCAAGGACAAGGAAGGAAGCGUGUUUGACCUGAGGCCCUUUGUGACAGAUAUGAUCGCCUUCAUCGAAGGAAGCGGACGCUCACCACGCUAUACCCUUUGGUUCUGCAUGGGGGAGUCAUGGCCCCAGGACCAGCCGUGGACCAAGAAGCUCGUAAUGGUCAAGGUUAUUCCCACGUGUCUCAGAGCCCUGCUAGAAAUGGCGCGUUCAGGGGGUGCCUCCUCACUGGGGAACACUGUGGACCUGCACAUUUCCAAUAGCCAACCACUCACUCUCACUUCGGACCAGUACAAGGCCUACCUCCAGGACCUGGUUGAGGACAUGGAUUUCUAGAUCACUGGGCAGGCCUGAGCCCUCACUCGGGUACAGGCUCCUUACCCCUCCUCACCUCAACCAAUAAACUAGUUCUUGCCAUAGUCACCA